AUGGAUCGUGAUUCAGACUUACCGAGUUUCCAAUCCCAAAUCCGCAAGACCGUAACAGGCUUGACUCACACUCACCCUCACACCCGCCCUCGCCAGAAUGGAGAGCCGAACGAAACUACAUCUCUGUUAAGAGGUAACGGUCACUCCGUCCAGAAUGGGUCCGCUCAUCAGAACGGACACGGUGGUGGGGCUUGGGAAUUCUUUUUCGAUUCGCAGCACACGCCCGGCACUGAGAACCCGAAGCCAUGGGUCAAGUAUCCAGCCCAUACGUGGCAUAUCACCAAAGCUACUUUAUUGAGCAGUCCGAUCAACAUCCUUCUCGUCGCAGUGCCAAUUGGUAUUAUUGCUGGUCAAUCCGGUUGGGAUCCAGUUGCCGUAUUCGUCAUUAAUUUUUUCGCCAUUAUUCCCUUAGCUGCCGUGCUCUCAUACGCGACGGAGGAAAUAUCAGUAAACCUGGGCGAGGCUCUGGGUGGCCUGCUCAAUGCCACUUUUGGCAAUGCUGUGGAGUUGAUUGUUAGCAUUAUCGCAUUAAGAGAUAGACAGAUCGAGGUUGUCAAGUCGUCUAUGAUUGGCUCGAUCCUAUCCAAUCUACUCCUCGUUAUGGGUAUGUGCUUCUUCUUCGGCGGUAUCGUCAAUAUGAGAGAUGAGGAGGGUCAUGGUCAGGAGCAGUCUUUCCAGACAAUCACUGCCCAAACGACAGCUUCUCUCAUGACCCUGUCUGCUGCCUCUAUGAUCCUUCCUGGCACUUUAUUUAUGAUCAUAAAUGGUACCGGCGGAGACGAUAAAGAUGAGCGCAAUAAAAUCGUCCUGUCGCUUUCUCGCGGCACCGCUAUCAUCCUGCUGCUUCUUUACGUGCUGUACCUAUGGUUUCAGCUGAGAACACACCACAAGUUAUUCAGUGCCGAAGCGGUAGUUGUAUCGGAGCCCACACAGAACGGAAUCCAGCUUCCCGCCGAGGCCGCGGCAGUAGCUGAGGGGAAUGAAGAAGAGUCAGAAGAGGAGGUGCACAUGAGCCCAUGGUCCGCCGGUGCGGUUCUAAUCGUCACAACUGUCCUGGUCGCUAUCUGUGCGGAUUAUCUGGUCGAGAGUAUAGAUGCUCUAGUGGAGCGUGCUCAUCUCAGCCGCAGCUUCAUUGGUCUUAUUCUAAUUCCUAUCGUGGGUAAUGCGGCGGAACAUGUUACUGCCGUCGUGGUGGCAGUCAAGAACAAGAUGGACCUGGCUAUGGGAGUUGCUAUUGGUUCUAGCAUUCAGAUUGCUCUGUUCGUGACACCAUUCCUUGUUGUUCUCGGUUGGAUUAUGGACAGAGAUAUGGACUUGCACUUUGAGACCUUUGAAACGGUCUCGUUUGCGCUGGCUGUGCUGGUCGUAAUCUACACGGUCCAGGAUGGAAAAUCUAACUAUCUCGAAGGCGCAAUGUUAAUGGCCCUUUAUGUCAUCAUUGCCCUGGCUUUCUUUGUUACUCCCAGCCAGUACUUCAACACCGACUGGGCCGUCGGUAAGCUUGGUGGUCUAGUCAGCUCGACAUGAUAGAUGUUCUCCUAUUUUCGCAACCCGUUUUAGCAGGGCGCAGAUCGCAGUUUUACGUUCAACUUACCCCAUAUAUGCAUACCUAGCGUACCGUAUUAUCAGGUCGUAUAGCGUAUCGCACCACGAUCGUCCUUCGGAUCCCAUGUUCAUGUUCUUAUAGUUAUUCAAGCGGGGUUUUUCUUUGUUUUUCUGUAUAUGUAUAUUAGUGGAGUUAGGUCUGAGAAAAAUGCAAGGCGCGAGCUGUGUACCUGGAGUUUGGCACAUGCAACUAGAAUACAGAGUACAGAAUAGGAGUCUGUUGUGUCUUGGAGAUGGGCGGUUAUUCCCUAUCAAUUAUAUGCGAGAUAUCUAUUGUUCACAUUAAGUACCUGGGUACAUGUUAUUGGAUCAUGAAGCUAUUCAAAAGUACCUAACAAUACAUGAAUAGGUACAUUAUCUCCGUAAACCCCUGGCUAGCGUCUGUGGCACUUGAGAUUCAACGUGGGGCUGGAGGGGUAGCUAUGACAAACGUCAUUCAUUAUCGGUACUUGAAGAGAUAUACUAUU